CAUGUUACGUUCAUCCAUUCAUUUUUAGCUAUUGCAAUUUAAUUUGGAUUUUCCGUUUGUUUCGAUUCGAUCUAUUCGUGAUCCUCUGAUUUCCGACGUGGUUGCUUGAUCCGAAAAAAAUGGCAUCCCAUAUUGUUGGAUACCCUCGUAUGGGUCCCAAGAGAGAGCUCAAAUUUGCACUGGAAUCGUUCUGGGAUGGCAAGAGCAGCGCUGAGGAUUUGGAAAAGGUGGCAGCUGGUCUCAGAGCAUCCAUUUGGAAGCAGAUGUCUGAUGUUGGGAUUAAGUACAUCCCCAGCAACACAUUCUCAUACUAUGAUCAGGUGCUUGACACAACUGCGAUGCUCGGUGCUGUUCCCCCAAGAUACAACUGGACUGGUGGUGAGAUUGGUUUCUCCACUUUCUUCUCCAUGGCCAGAGGAAACGCCUCUGUUCCUGCUAUGGAGAUGACCAAGUGGUUUGAUACCAACUACCACUUCAUUGUCCCAGAAUUGGGCCCUGAUGUGAAUUUUUCUUAUGCUUCCCACAAAGCCGUUAAUGAAUACAAAGAAGCUAAGGCGCAAGGUGUUGAUACUGUUCCAGUUCUUGUUGGUCCUGUUUCAUACUUGUUGCUUUCCAAACCUGCCAAGGGUGUCGAGAAAACAUUCCCUCUUCUUUCUCUUCUUGACAAAAUUCUUCCAAUCUACAAGGAAGUUAUUGCUGAGCUAAAGGCAGCCGGUGCAUCUUGGAUUCAGUUUGAUGAGCCCACCUUAGUUAUGGAUCUCGAGUCUCACCAGUUGGAAGCAUUCACAAAGGCAUAUGCUGACCUGCAACCAGCUUUGUCUGGCGUCGAUGUUCUAGUUGAGACUUAUUUUGCUGACAUUCCCGGGGCUGCAUUUAAAACCCUUACCUCAUUGAGUGGAGUUUCUGGUUUUGGCUUUGAUUUGGUUCGUGGAACCCAGACCCUUGAUUUAAUCAAGGGUGGUUUUCCAUCUGGAAAAUAUCUCUUUGCUGGAGUUGUUGACGGAAGGAACAUUUGGGCUAAUGAUCUGGAUGCAUCCCUCUCCACUCUGCAGUCUCUUGAAAGCAUAGUGGGAAAGGAUAAACUUGUUGUGUCUACCUCAUCCUCACUUCUCCAUACUGCGGUAGAUCUAGUAAAUGAGACUAAGUUGGACCAAGAAAUUAAAUCAUGGCUCGCAUUUGCAGCUCAAAAGGUUGUUGAAGUGAAUGCUUUGGCAAAGGCGUUGACUGGUCAGAAGGAUGAGGCAUACUUCUCAGCCAAUGCUACGGCUCAGGCAUCUAGGAAAUCUUCACCUAGGGUGAACAAUGAAGCUGUCCAAAAGGCUGCUGCUGCACUGAAGGGUUCUGAUCAUCGCCGUGCUACAGAUGUUACCUCCAGACUUGAUGCUCAACAGAAGAAGCUUAACCUUCCAAUCCUCCCAACCACCACUAUUGGUUCCUUCCCACAGACAGUGGAGCUCAGAAGAGUGCGUCGUGAAUACAAGGCCAAGAAGAUCUCUGAGGAGGACUAUGAUAAGGCCAUCAAAGAGGAGAUCAACAAGGUUGUGAAGCUUCAAGAAGAGCUUGACAUUGAUGUUCUUGUCCACGGAGAACCAGAGAGAAACGAUAUGGUUGAGUACUUCGGAGAGCAGCUAUCUGGUUUUGCCUUCACAGCAAAUGGCUGGGUGCAAUCAUAUGGAUCUCGAUGUGUGAAGCCACCAAUCAUUUAUGGUGAUGUCAGUCGCCCCAACCCAAUGACUGUCUACUGGUCAUCUGCUGCCCAGAGCAUGACCAAGCGCCCGAUGAAGGGAAUGCUUACCGGCCCUGUUACCAUCCUCAAUUGGUCUUUCGUGAGAAACGACCAACCGAGAUCCGAGACAUGUUAUCAGAUUGCUUUGGCCAUUAAGGAUGAAGUCGAGGAUCUUGAGAAGGCCGGUAUCACCGUGAUCCAAAUUGACGAGGCUGCAUUGAGAGAAGGGUUGCCUCUCCGCAAAUCCGAGCAUGCUUUUUACUUGGACUGGGCUGUACACUCCUUCAGAAUCACCAACGUUGGUGUCCAAGAUACCACCCAGAUCCACACCCACAUGUGCUACUCCAACUUCAACGACAUCAUCCAGUCCAUCAUCAACAUGGACGCCGACGUGAUCACUAUUGAGAACUCACGUUCGGACGAGAAGCUGCUGUCAGUGUUCCGCGAGGGAGUCAAGUACGGAGCUGGGAUCGGGCCGGGUGUGUACGACAUCCACUCCCCGAGAAUCCCAUCCACGGAUGAGAUUGCGGACCGGAUCAACAAGAUGCUUGCGGUCCUUGAGACAAACAUCUUGUGGGUGAACCCAGACUGCGGUCUCAAGACUCGAAAAUACGGAGAGGUGAAGCCGGCCCUCGAGAACAUGGUGUCUGCUUGCAAGAUUCUCCGAACCAAGCUUGGCAGUGCAUAAAGAAGGGGUUGAGAGGUUUGUUGUGAAAUCUAAGUGUUGGCAUGAAAUAACAUUGGUCCCUCAAUGUCAUGAGAGAUCAUUCUUUGCUUUUGAUUCUUUUUAUUUUUCAAGUAGAUUUUAGUUUUGAGUGUGGGAAAUUGAACGAAAUUUGUGUUUUUUUUUUC